AUGGAGUUCUCCUCUCCUUCCGCUGCUUUCUCGCCUUUCUCUCCGGAGACAAUGAUGACCGACUUUCAGACCCUCACGCACCGCCUCGCGAUCGAAGAAGGCCAGCAGCGCCAGAUCGACUCUUUCCAAGACAACUCGAACUUCAUUGACCAGUUGGCCAAGGAAGACAAUAUGGCGGCUGCUGUCUUUGCAAAAACUCAGAUGUCGUUUGUCGCCGAUACACCUGUCGCUGCUGGCCAGUCCCCGUUGCUUUCACCACCCACAACCUCUUCUUCAUCUUCGUCUUCUUCAACCUCUACCCCGGCUGCCUCAAGGCCAUCUGCCGACACACCCAAAACCGCGCUCGUUCAGCCUCCCUUCACAAGCAUGAUCAUAUCAUCUGCACCAAACGGCACCACACCUACUGCCACCACCACCACUAUCACCACCUUAUCAAAAAAGCCACCCGCCACCCCAGGAGGCACCAAAAAACCUCCCUCCAAAACAACAACAACAAAGACGUCCAACAAACCCACCAUCCAGUCAUGUCCAUCUCCAAAGGUCCAAAUACGUCUCGACAGGUUCUUGGUUAGCAGAAAGCCAUCCCUCGCCUCUACCACCAAACUCGCCGUUAACUCUGAAACCAAUACCCCUGAAAAGUCCAUCCUCAAACAUUGUACUGCCGGCAGUAAUACCAGCAGCCAGUCUCCUGCCUCGGCAACACCAAAAGCUGUCAAAUCCUCCGCCACCUCUUCAACAACUACGCCCAAGCCCAAGCCCAAGUCCAGAGUCAGAGUCAGCGUCAGAACCAAACCAGCACCCACCCCUCCUUCAGCCAAAACAACUAAACCAACCGAGCCCACAACCCCUUCGCCCGUCGAGAAGCGUACCAUCACCCUACACAAAACAAGCAGGACCCCGCCUUCGCCUCCAAAACCAAGACUCAAAGCAAACUUUUUCUUUGGCCUCCUCCCUCCCCCAACAGUUACCACGGCCAACAGCAAGGCGGGUGAAACUCUGAGACGCGCGGGCGACCCUAACACGAGCACGAGUAGGAGCACUGGAAAGAAGCCCAAGAACGCACCCAAGGCUGGACCUGAUGCUUCCACUGCCACUCCUCCAGCUGACACAAAUGUAGCGACGCCCAAGUUGACGAAGGUCAAGGAGCUUGAGCCUGAUUCAAACGAUGCUGCCUCGACCGGUUCCACAACUGCCACUGGCAAGGAUGUGUCCCCGACCGAAGUCACGCGUCGAGUCGUCAAGUCGAAGUCCAUCUUGCCAAAACUCAAAUCUACCAUCGCCUCCGUCGUCAAGGCAGGAACUGAUAAAACAGUUGUACCUGCCGUGUCAAAGAGCAUGACCACACCACCCUUGGUCACAAAAAAAACGAGUAUGCCGGUUGAGAUCUCGAGUCGAGUCAUCAAGAUCGAACCCUCUGUUCCCAAGUCCAAGUUCAGACCCACCACUGCUACGCCCACAAGCACCACUACACCCGCUCCGAAGGUGAUGGCAACGUCUGAAACUACUUCGCUCAAGGCUGUAUCCAAACCCACCAAAGUCCCUUGUACCUCGAAGAAUACCACGACAGUCACCGCGGUCAGUAAGACAAAAACUCAUCCUCCUCCAGUCGCCAAGUCUGUGGUCGCGCCCGCCGCAAGGUCAAAGAAGUUAAGCGACACUGUGCCACCAUAUUCGACGAAGGCCUCUGCGACAACUACAAUAGUAUCGGUCGUUCCCAAGACGAGGGCAACCCCAAAAGACGCGUCUACCGCCCCCAAGUUAUCACCAAAAGACUCUACCUUUCUCAAGAACCUUAAGUCAUCGUCUACCUCCACCAUUACCACUAUCACUUCAGUCUCCAAUGACAGCACUACUGUCCCAAAGCUCUCCAAGAACGUCACCAUCUCCACCUCCGCACCCAAGAACAACAAAGGCAAAGUUAGAGACAAGGACUCUCUCCGUACCAGUUCAGGGGCUACGACGGCUACCAAGCCAGCUGCUCAACCUCGCAGCACCCCCCAACCCCGCCCAAAACGAGUCCUAGAACUAAUGCUCCAAUCCGACCACGACCCCCCCACCACCAGCCUACACAUCAACGAAAACGACCCCUCCUACUACAUCCGUAGUAGCGAACAAAAUCCUUCCAGCUUCAACAACCUACUCCCCAAGAACGACGACAUCGCCUCCAGUUCUAAUCCUCGGCCCCGGAAACGCCAACGCCUGGCAGACAUCAUCACUGCAGAGUCUAUGGCUGGGAGGAACCAUGGGAUGUUUGGUCAAACGGCGUUCGAACAGGCCCUUGACGCCAUGUCCUUCAAAUAUCCUACUCCUGCUCUUGUCCCUGGUCCUGUGAAUUCAGAGAUUGCGUCUGUUCCUGAAGCGACGACGGGACGCCAGUACCUCAACGAUGCCCGUAGGUAG